AUGGUCAGAAACAUCAUGUAUUCCUUGGAUGAGAGGAUAGAAGAGAUGGAUGUGAACUAUAAGAAAGUUCUAGGAAAUCUUGCUGCAAAUUUAGCUGCCACAACCCUGAAAGUAAGAUCAAGGUACUUCCAUCGGAUUGGCGCAGCUGGAAAGGGAUCACUUGUUUUCUAUAAAACCAUACCAGGCUUCCCAAACCAUAAGAUCUUCUCUCCUGGAAGGUGUUACCCCAUAAUUAUCCGCCACAGUAACUGCUUGAGUUCUGAUGAUGAUGCUAGGCGCGAUCCACGUGGUGCAGCAAUAAGGAUCCUGUCAGAAGGAAAAAGUCCUUUACUUGAUUUGACGCUGAAAACAGGCAAGGCGUUCCACGCUCGUACAAUAGGUGAUUUUGCUACCUGGCUCGUAUGUUCAGCUGCUGCACGAGAAGAGCAUGUAAAACAUGCUCCUCAUGUACGGGAUGCUAUGUGGGGAUCUCUUCGACAGCCAGACUCUUAUGCUGAACUUCAUUACUACUCCAAUUUCAGCAGACUAUUUAGAUUCGAGAAUGGACAAGAAAUGUAUGUCAGAUUCAAGUUGAGGCCCUUCAACAAGAACAUCGCUGAGGACUCGGGCAAGGUGGAGCCUAUGGGUAUACUUCCACCCGAUACUGGUUCAAUCCCUAGAGAUGAGAAAGACACUCGCCCCCUACUCUUUUUAGCUGAAGAUUUCCAGUGUCGCGUGAAUUCUCCUGACAAGGUCCGUUACGUUCUUCAGUUGCAAAUUCGGCCUGUUCCUGAGGAUGCAAGUAUAACUGAGAUUGCACUAGACUGUACCAAGCCAUGGGAUGAAACUGAAUUUCCGUAUAUGGAGGUGGGAGAGAUAAUUAUUGAUGAAAUGCUGACCAAGGAAGAAUCGGAUGGCCUGGAGUUCAACCCAUUUUUUCGAUGUCACGAAGUGGAUGUCAUCAGGGCUACAUCUUACAAUCAAAGUGCCUCACUUGAUCAUGGCCGUUCAGUAGUCUAUGAGAUAUGCCAACAUUUAAGAAACAGCAAGCCACUUCCAGAGACAUGGAGGAUUUUCCUGGAUCGAACUGAUGUUAAACUGGAUUUCUCAGGCUGUCCCAUGGCAGCGAAGUUAGAGAAAAAGGAAUUGGGCAAAGUGACAUUGGCUAGAACCUGGAUUGAUAUUGAAGAUGGUGGGUUUGUAGGAAGUAGAGCUGUGGCCAUGCCUGGUGUGACUGUGGAAAGUGGGGGAAAACUUAAUGCUCUCUCCUUAGCCAUGAAAGGAGAGAUUGUCGGGUAAGAGAUCCCCGAGCUGUGGAAUGUGAUGAAAUAU